AUGGGUCGAGUGUCUUUCGAAGAACCAGUUGAGAACACCAUCAUCGAGGAAGAUGAACCUGGUCUCUACGACCCUGAGCUCGAGAAGGAUGCCUGUGGUGUCGGCUUUGCUGCCCACAUCAAGGGUAUUGCCAGCCACAAGAUCGUCAGCGAUGCACGAAACUUGCUCUGUAACAUGACACAUCGCGGUGCCGUUGGUUCGGAUGCGCGUGACGGUGACGGUGCAGGUGUCAUGACAUCGAUUCCUCAUAAGUUCUUCGUCAAGGAGUUUGGAAAAGAGCAAGGAUUCACAUUGCCCAAGCAAGGACAAUACGCUGCUGGAAACGUCUUCUUCAAGCCCGAUACCGAGGUUCUGAAGGAGACACUGAACACAUUCGAGGAAGUGGCAGACGAACUUGAUCUGCGAGUAUUGGGCUGGCGUGAGGUUCCUCGCGACUCUUCGUUGCUCGGUCCCGCAGCUGCCUCCAGAGAACCUAUUAUCCUUCAGCCCUUUAUUGUCCUGAAGUCCGCAUACGGUGAUGCCAGAGCACCCAAGGAGUCCUUUGAGUCUGAAUUCGACGAGCCCUACUUCGAGCGCCAGCUAUAUGUACUGCGCAAGCGUGUUACUCACGUCAUUGGCCUGCACAACUGGUUCUACCUCUGCUCUUUGAGCAACAAGAACAUUGUCUACAAGGGACAACUUUCUCCCGUCCAGGUUUACGAGUACUACUUUGAUCUGGUCAACGUUGACUACGAGGGUCACUUUGCCCUGGUCCACUCGCGUUUCUCCACAAACACCUUCCCUUCAUGGGACAGAGCACAGCCCCUGAGAUGGGCAGCCCACAACGGAGAGAUCAACACUCUACGUGGAAACAAGAACUGGAUGCGCGCAAGAGAGGGUUUGAUGAAGUCUGACCUGUUCGGCGACGAGCUGGAGAUGCUUCUGCCCAUCAUUGAAGAUGGCGGUUCUGACUCUGCUGCUUUCGAUAACGUUCUCGAGCUCCUCACCAUUAACGGUGUUCUGUCUCUGCCCGAGGCAGUCAUGCUCAUGGUUCCCGAGGCAUGGCAAGGAAACCGUGCCAUGGACCCUGCUAAGCAGGCUUUCUACGAGUGGGCAGCCUGUAUGAUGGAGCCCUGGGAUGGACCUGCUCUCUUCACAUUCGCCGACGGCAGAUACUGUGGUGCCAACCUGGACAGAAACGGUCUCCGUCCUUGCAGAUACUACAUCACUGAUGAUGAUCGUAUUGUUUGUGCCUCUGAAGUCGGUACUAUCCCUAUUGAGCCUGAAAAGAUUGUUCAAAAGGGCCGUCUCCAGCCCGGUAAGAUGCUUCUGGUCGACACUGUCGCUGGUCGCAUCGUUGAUGACGCAGAGCUGAAGCAGACCGUUUCCAAGCGCAAGGACUUCCAGAGCUGGAUUAGCAGCCAGCUGAUUACCAUGCCUGCUGUCUACGAUAAGCUUAGCGAGAAGGGUGCCAACCUUGGAUUUACUUUGUCCGAGACCAGGGUCCAGGAAGACCCCAGACUGAAGGCCUUCGGCUACUCUCUUGAGCAAGUCAGUCUGUUGCUCGGCCCUAUGGCUGCUGACUCCAAGGAAGCCCUCGGAUCCAUGGGUAACGACGCCCCCUUGGCAUGUCUUGCACAGCAGCCUCGUCUCCUCUACGAGUACUUCAGACAGCUCUUCGCCCAGGUCACCAAUCCUCCCAUUGACCCCAUCAGAGAAGCAGUUGUCAUGUCACUCGAGGCCUACGUUGGUCCUCAGGGUAACUUGCUCGAGAUGAGCCCUUCUCAGUGCCAUCGUCUCUUGCUUCCCUCCCCUCUGCUCUCCAUCGAGGAGUUCAAUGCUCUGAGCCAGAUCGCGCAGUUGCACCGUGAAUGGAACGUUCACACUGUCGACAUCACCUUCCCCAAGAAGGAGGGUAUUCAAGGCUACCUUGAUGCCCUUGACCGCAUCUGCGACCAGGCUGCCGAGGCCAUUGAGAAGAACGACAGAAUCAUCGUGCUGUCUGACCGCGCCACCUCAGCUGACCGUGUCGCUGUCUCUGCUAUCCUUGCUACUGGUAUGGUCCACCACCAUCUUGUUCGCAACAAGUGGCGUUCCCAGGUCGCCCUGGUUGUUGAGACUGCUGAGGCUCGUGAAGUCCACCACAUGUGUGUUCUGGUAGGUUAUGGUGCCGAUGCCAUCUGCCCUUACCUCGCAAUCGAGUGUAUCAUGAAGAUGGCUCGCGAGGGUCUGAUCAGAAAGAAGCUCAGCCCUGAGCAGCUCAUUGAUAACUACAAGCACUCCUUGGAUGGCGGUAUCCUGAAGGUCAUGUCCAAGAUGGGUAUCUCUACUCUUCAGAGUUACAAGGGUGCCCAGAUCUUCGAGGCUCUUGGUAUCGAUGACUCGGUCGUCGACCGCUGCUUCACUGGUACAGCUACUCGUAUUAAGGGUAUGACCUUCGAGCUCAUUGCUCAGGACGCCUUUGCCCUCCACGAGAAGGGUUACCCUAGCCGCAACAUCUUGGAGAUUCCCGGUCUUGCUGAGACGGGUGAGUACCACUGGCGUGACGGUGGUGAGCCCCACGUCAACGACCCUACCUCCAUUGCCAACAUCCAAGAUGCUGUCCGUACCAAGAACGACAAGUCUUACGAGGCUUACUCCAGAUCUGAAUAUGAGCAGAUCAAGAACUGCACGCUCCGUGGUCUUCUUGACUUCGACUUCGAGGACCGUGCUUCCGUUCCUAUUGAUCAGGUCGAGCCUUGGACCGAGAUUGUUCGCAGAUUCGUCACUGGUGCCAUGUCUUACGGAUCUAUCUCGAUGGAGUCGCACUCUACCCUUGCUGUUGCUAUGAACAGAUUGGGUGGUAAGUCCAACACUGGAGAGGGUGGUGAAGAUCCAGAGCGUAGCUUGCGUAUGGACAACGGCGACACCAUGCGCUCUGCCAUUAAGCAGAUCGCCUCUGGUCGUUUCGGUGUCACCAGUGCCUACCUUGCCGAUGCCGAUGAGCUUCAAAUCAAGAUGGCCCAGGGUGCCAAGCCUGGUGAGGGUGGUGAGCUUCCUGGCCACAAGGUGUCUGGACCUAUUGCUCGCACUCGUCACUCCACUCCUGGUGUCGGUUUGAUCUCUCCCCCUCCCCACCACGAUAUUUACUCUAUUGAGGACUUGAAGCAGCUCAUCUACGAUCUGAAGUGCUCCAACCCCCGCUCCCGUGUCUCCGUUAAGCUUGUCUCGGAGACUGGUGUCGGUAUUGUUGCUUCUGGUGUCGCAAAGGCCAGAGCCGACCACAUCCUGAUCUCUGGUCACGAUGGUGGUACUGGUGCCUCCAGAUGGACUGGUAUCAAGUAUGCUGGUCUGCCUUGGGAGUUGGGUCUUGCCGAGACUCACCAGACUCUAGUCCUGAACGACCUUCGUGGCCGUGUCAUUGUCCAGACUGAUGGUCAACUCCGCACUGGUCGUGAUGUUGCCAUCGCUUGUUUGUUGGGUGCUGAAGAGUGGGGUUUCGCUACCACUCCCCUUAUCGCCAUGGGAUGUAUCAUGAUGAGGAAGUGCCACUUGAACACCUGCCCUGUCGGUAUUGCCACUCAGGAUCCCGAGUUGCGAAGCAAAUUCAAGGGUACUCCCGAGCACGUUAUCAACUUCUUCUACUACGUUGCCAACGAGCUUCGUGCUAUUAUGGCCAAGCUUGGUUUCCGUACCAUCAACGAGAUGGUCGGUCGUACUGAGGUUCUUCGCGUCCGUGACGACCUUCGCAACGGGAAGACUGAGAAUAUCGAUCUUUCGCUCAUCUUGACACCUGCUCACACCCUCCGUUCUGGUGUCGCCACCUACAACGUCCGCAAGCAGGACCACAAACUCCACGUUCGUCUUGAUAACAAGCUUAUCUCCGAGUCUGAACUGGCUCUUGAAAAGGGCCACCCUUGCCGCAUCGAGUGUGAUGUCGUCAACACUGAUCGUGCUCUCGGCGCUACCCUUUCAUACCAAGGUCUGCCUACCGACACCAUCCACGCCAACAUCCGUGGUUCGGCUGGUCAGUCCUUCGGUGCCUUCCUUGCACCCGGUAUCACUCUUGAGCUCGAGGGUGAUUGCAACGACUACGUUGGUAAGGGUCUUUCUGGUGGUCGUCUGAUCGUCUACCCUCCCAGAAACGCAGUCUUCAAGGCCGAGGAGAACGUCAUUGUUGGUAACACUUGUCUUUACGGUGCUACCAGCGGUCAGUGCUUCUUCCGCGGCAUGGGUGCCGAGCGUUUCGCUGUCAGAAACUCUGGUGCCACUGCUGUUGUUGAGGGUGUUGGUGACCACGGUUGUGAGUACAUGACUGGUGGCCGCGUUCUCAUCCUUGGACCUACUGGAAGAAACUUUGCUGCUGGUAUGUCUGGUGGUAUCGCCUAUGUUCUCGAUAUGCAGCGCGACUUCGAGGGCAAGGUCAACCAAGAGAUGGUUGAGCUUUCUCCUCUCGAGGACCCUGCUGAGAUCGCUUUCGUUCGCGGUCUCAUUGAGGACCACCACCACUACACUGGUUCUGAGCUUGCUGCUCGUGUUCUCCUUGACUUCUCACGUGCCCUGCACCGCUUCGUCAAGGUUCUGCCUACCGACUACAAGCGUGUCAUGGAGGAGGAGGCCAAGAAGGCUGCCGAGGCCAAGAGAGCUCAGUACCCUCUCCCCAUCAUGCCCGGCAACGCCGUUCGCUCUCUCCACGAGGACUCCAAGAAGAAGCAGCACGAGGCUGAGGAUCGUCAGAAGAAGAAGGACGACCUUCUCGACAUCGAGGAGAGUGUCCAAGACGGCAAGGCCGAGAAGAAGCGUUCUGCUCUUGUCCUUGACAAGACCAAGGGUUUCAUGAAGUACCAGCGUCGCUCGGAGAAGUACCGCAGCGCCAAGACCAGAACUCGCGACUGGCAGGAGCUUUCUCAGCGUCUCAACGAGGACGAGCUCAAGUACCAGACUGCUCGUUGCAUGGAUUGUGGUGUUCCUUUCUGCCAGUCGGAUACUGGUUGUCCUAUCUCCAACAUCAUUCCCAAAUGGAACGAAUUGGUCUUCCAGAACCAAUGGAGAGAUGCCCUGAACAGACUGCUCAUGACCAACAACUUCCCCGAGUUCACUGGUCGUGUCUGCCCUGCCCCUUGCGAGGGUGCUUGCGUUCUUGGUAUCAACGAGGACCCCGUCGGCAUCAAGUCCAUCGAGUGCGCCAUUAUCGACCGUGGUUUCGAGAUGGGUUGGAUGGUUCCUUCUCCUCCUCAAAUCCGCAGCGGCAAGACUGUCGCCAUUGUUGGCUCCGGUCCUGCUGGUAUGGCAGCUGCUGAUCAGCUCAACAAGGCUGGCCACAGCGUCACCGUCUACGAGAGAGCCGACCGUGUUGGUGGUCUGCUCAUGUACGGUAUCCCCAACAUGAAGCUCGACAAGAACGUCGUUCAACGCCGUGUUGACUUCCUGGCUGCCGAGGGCAUCAACUUCGUUACUGGUGUAUCGGUUGGUGAGGGUGACGUUACCCUUGAGUCUCUCAGAGCUGAACACGACGCUGUCGUCCUCGCCACUGGUGCCACUGUCGCCAGAGACUUGCCUAUUCCCGGCCGUAACCUGGAGGGUAUUCACUUCGCCAUGCAGUUCUUGCACAAGAACACCAAGUCUCUUCUUGACUCUGGUCUUUCUGACGGCGAGUACAUCUCUGCCAAGGACAAGCACGUUGUUGUCAUUGGUGGUGGUGACACUGGUAAUGACUGUAUCGGUACCUCCGUUCGUCAUGGUGCCAAGUCUGUUGUCAACUUCGAGCUGCUUCCUCAGCCUCCUACCGAGCGUGCUCGCGACAACCCCUGGCCUCAGUGGCCCCGCAUCUACCGUGUCGACUACGGUCACUCAGAGGUCAAGACCCACAUGGGCAAGGACCCUCGUGAGUACUGUAUCCUUUCCAAGGACUUUGUCGACGAUGGCACUGGCAAGGUCAAGGGUAUCAACACUGUCCGUGUUGAGUGGACCAAGAGCGCUUCUGGUGGUUGGGACAUGAAGCAGGUUGAGGGCAGUGAGGAGUUCUUCCCUGCUGAUCUUGUCCUGCUCUCUAUGGGUUUCCUUGGCCCUGAGGCUCGUGUACUUGGUGACGAUAUCGAGAAGGAUGCUCGCAAGAACGUCAAGACUCCUCCUGGCAAGUACAACACCAAUCUUCCCGGUGUCUUCGCCGCUGGUGAUUGCCGUCGUGGUCAAUCUCUGAUUGUCUGGGGUAUCAACGAAGGUCGCAUGGCCGCUCGUGACGUCGACUCGUUCCUCACUGGCAUGGGUACUCAGCUGCCCAUCACCGGUGGUAUCGUCAAGCGUCCUCCCUACGAGCUGCUUCACAAGACCAAGGGUGCCCCUCUGGAGCUCGUCUCUGCUGCCUCGUAA